CACUAUGGCAGGGCUCGUGGUUAGUGGAACCCAAGUGUCCUACAUUGGUCAGGACUGCAGAGAAAUUCCAGAGCACCUCGGCAGGGACUUUGGCCACUUUGCAAAGAGGCUCGAUCUGAGCUUCAACUUGCUGAGACCAAUAAUUUCCUGUGAUUCAUUGCUUUUAGGGGGAAAUCUUCAUGAGGAAAUUCCUUCUACCAAGAUAGAUUAGGAACUCAUCUUUGAAAUUAGAGAGCCUCCUGUAGGCCCUGAGAGAUGGUCACUGGAAGGACUGAGCGCAUUCACCAGGCUGGAGGAACUGAUCUUGGACAACAACCUUCUUGGAAACGACCUUGCGUUGCCAGGGCUACCCAGGCUCCAUACCUUAACGCUCAACAAGAACCAAAUCACAGAUUUGGAGGGGCUGCUGGACCAUUUGGCGAAAGUAACACCUGCCCUGGAGUAUCUCAGCCUGUUAGGCAAUAUGGCUUGUCCCAAUGAGCUGGUCAGCUUGGAAAAGGAUGAAGAUGACUAUAAGAGAUACAGAUGCUUUGUCCUGCACAAGCUACCCAACCUGAAGUUUCUGGAUGCAAAGAAAGUCACAAAAUUGGAGCGUGAAGAGGCCCUGGUGAGAGGUCAAUUCAUGAAAGUAGUGAAGCCCAAGGCCUCCAAGGUUGUUGCUCCUGAGGCUUCUCAGCUGCCAUAUACACCUCUGCCUCCUGGUUCCCGGUCACUGACCAGUCACCAAGGUGUUCUAGGAAGGUGUCACUAUAUUUACUAUGGGAAAAACUCCGAGGGCAACAGGUUUAUCCGAGAUGAUCAGCUCUAA